GAAGAAACAUCUUAUAUUCUAAACUUAGCUCGCAUCAUAUUACACACACCUCUUCUCAAAGCUUAUAUUCAAUGCAGCAGGUCCGAGGAUGCUGGUUCUAUGGCGUGAUACAUGCAAUAUUUUCUUCACGAAAUUGGGCUUAUUUUGGUUGUAGUGAUGCAAAGUGUUGCAAGAAACUGCGUGAAGAAGAUGUAGUGUGCAGCAAGUGCGGUAGAAGUAAAGAUGAGGGUGUUUGGCGAUACACUUUGAAAAUGAAAGUCAGACAUGGGACAACUUUUGCAGAUGUAAUGUUCUGGGAUGAGGAGGCCCGGCUACUACUUGGAAAGGCUGCAGGAGAUUUUUACGAACACCUCAAUGUGGCAACACUUAGACCUAUCAGCUGCCCUGAAGUCAUAUCUGAAUUGAUCGGACGCGAAUAUCUAUUCAAAAUCAAGUCUGCCAACACAAACUCCAACUAUGGUGAACAGGUUUAUGUAAUAGGCAUGAUAUCGAGCGAUAAAGAAAAAAUAAAACAGUUCAAGAUGGCAGCAGGCAGUGAAGGAACGAGUUCUGAGGCGUACAAUUCUGAUGAAGACUUGGAAUUGCUUUUUGAAUCUGUGCCGACAGGGGACUCCAAUGUGGUAAUACCUUAACUCCACGAGAUUACGUUGGUGGUAUUUCAAUAAUAUCAGCCACACUUAAAACUGUUUAGAAAAGUGUUCAUCUAUGCAAUAAGAAAACUGUUUAAGCCCUAACCAAGUGUAUAUCCAAAAGUAUAAUUGCACUAAGUUACACCUUAUUUUAUUAGUUUUAGGAUUUGAGGAUGACUUCGGUACUGGAGUUUGUUGCACUAGACUGAUUAAAGUAUGGGUGUCUAGACUAAAAACAUUGUAGAAUAUUAUCUCAAGCACUAGAAACCACACUCUUCUUUAAUAGUUGCAGAUUUAUUAGUUUAUUAGUUUACUCAUUUAUUAGUUUACUAUAUAUGCAAAGUGAAAUGCAAACUGAACUUAGUAGUUGCAGAUUUGCUAUCUUUUAGUAGUGGCAUUGGCUGAAGUUCUUUAGUGAACUUAGUAGUUGUACAUUAGCAGAUUUAUUAGUUUACACAUUUUUUAAUAUGAUUCUUUAGUUUACUCACAUAUCCCUUCCUGCAAGUUUUAACAGAAAGAACACAAAGAGAAAAACAAAAAUCUAAAAUGCAUAAUCAGAUUCAUAGUAAACAUUAAAUUAACUUAUAACUUAAGAAGAACAUACAACUCUUAUUAGUUUCUGUAAU